ACACAGCUGCUCCGGUGCACACGCGCCAUGGAGGAUCUCACAUACGCCUACAUUUCGGAGCCCGUGGAGUUUCGGCAACUGGAGGGCCGGGCCAUUGACUUCCGCAAGACCUUCGAUCUGCGGGGCCAGGGCACCGAUGAAAUGCUCCAGUUGUACCUAAGGAAGGCCAACCUGUCCGACGACCUCGAGCGCCUGCCGGCUAUCAUGCGGCGCGCCUACGUCUAUGACAUAAUUAGGAGCAAUAAGGCUCCCGGUUACUGGGUGCCACCUUCCAUGCAAGUGAGCACCGACGUCUUUGCCCAUCCGCCGCCUGCAGUUCGUCCGCCGCCCUACUACGCCGACAAUUUGAGCACCAACGCCAGCAUCGACGGCAUGAAGAGCUCCUCCUCCUCGAACAGCCUGGACAGGUAUGCGGGCGCACCGCCCUCGGUGGCCCUGGCGGGUCCCAGCUUCGCCACCAGCGUCUUGGUCAGCAGCAAGGGCUCCAAGUACGAGAUCAGCGGACCGGUCAACUUCCAGCACGUUUCCGGCGAUGUGACGCGGGAUCGGACGCGAAAUGCCUUCGAUUUGAGUGCCGAUUCCAACGACAAGGUGCUCAGGAAGUACAUGAUGGAGCGGGGCAUCACGGAGGCGGAUAUCAGCCACAUGCGACACCAGGAUGUGGUCACGAAAAUUAUCCACUCCAACUUUACAUGGAUGCCACCCAAGAGGGAUCUUCAGGCCCAGCCGAAAGUCCAGGAAACGGUUAGACCGCUGCUCUAUGCCACCAUUUCCACGAACAACCAGAUCACGCCUCCUCCCUCGCCGCCACCGCCUUCCGUGGUUAACAUUUCGAAGCCCACGGCGGCUCCAAACUUCUCCAACUACGCCUCGCUGACUUCGCGGUUUGUGGAUAUCUCAGAUCUGGAUUUGCCCGGUGCACCGACACCUGUUAGUCAGCCAGAAGUGGGAGCAGUGAUUCCCGUUCAUGUCCAACCCCAGCAGAUGAGCAGACCGAAGGUUCCGCCGCCUCCGUCGGCGGUCAUGGCCAAGAACACACAUGGCGGCUAUCCAGCAGCCAUUGAUAUACGCCAAGUGCGACCUGCUGCCUCGCCCAAGGUGUCCAAUGAGACCUAUGCCACCAUUGCGCCGCAGCGAAAGGUGGGCUCCAUGCGCGUCCCGCCGCCAGCGCCGCCAAAGCCAACAAUAGUGCCCAGUUCCACGGGAUCCUCGCUGUAUGCCGUGUCCCCGGUGCAGUAUGCUCCUGUUGCCAAGCCAGCGCCUCCUGCUCCUCCAGCCAAGCCGACUUCUAGGGUUCCCUCUGCUUAUAUGGCGCCGCUGCCGGUGCAGAGUACAAAGAUGACUCCUCCUCCGCCGCCAGCUCCCCAGGCAGCACCUGCAGGAGUUCCAGCACCACCGCCGCCGCCGCCUCCUAUGCCAGUUGCCGCUGCGGGCGGAGCACCUCCCCCGCCGCCGCCUCCACCAGGAGGAUUGGCUGGAGUUCCGCCGCCGCCUCCAAUGCAGAAGUCACUGCCCCAGGCUGCUCCGGCUGCCGCCGCCGGCGGAGAUCCAAGGGAUGCCUUCCUGGCGAGCAUCCGUCAGGGAGUAACACUCAAGAAAGUGGAUCAAAAGGCGGCCACCAUAAGCGGCAUCAAGCCGCGUCCGGAACGUAAGCCAGCAAGCACCGACUUCCUCAGUGAACUGAAGCUGGGAAUAACCCUGAGACGGGUCAAAAACCCGGCGGAUAAUCCCUAUUCCGAGGAAUCCGAAUCGCAGGCGUAACCAUUUGGCGGUUAAACUUUUGACUGCGCCGCAGUUUACAACACUGAAACGAGCGGGCAAGGUUGCCAGACUGAGAAAAUGCGCCUUAAUUUAAAAUUGCACCAACUUACCCUUUAAUUUUAAUAUUAAUCACCAUGACAAAGAGCAUUAACGUUUGUAAAUAAAAUUGUUAUCGCCAGAUAUGAUAUACACUAUCAU